AGGCUGUCCAAACUUCAAUUGGUACAAAAACUGUACAGUUAGCUCCGCUCUCCAGAAUAUUCCCCUUUCUCUGAAACUUUCAAAUCCAAAAUUUCGAAAAAGCUCCCCAAAUCUUUGUCCGCGAAACCCUAAUUUCAAUUCCUCGAAAGCUUUGGAUCCAUGGCUUCUCGGAGACGCAUGCUCCUAAAGGUCAUUAUCCUCGGCGACAGCGGGGUGGGGAAGACAUCGCUAAUGAAUCAGUAUGUGAAUCGCAAGUUUAGUAAUCAGUACAAGGCGACAAUCGGAGCGGAUUUUCUGACCAAGGAGGUUCAGUUUGAAGAUAGGUUGUUCACAUUGCAGAUUUGGGAUACUGCUGGGCAAGAAAGGUUUCAAAGUCUUGGUGUGGCUUUCUAUCGUGGUGCAGAUUGUUGUGUGCUGGUGUAUGAUGUGAAUGUCAUGAAAUCAUUUGAUAAUCUUAACAACUGGAGGGAAGAAUUUCUGAUUCAGGCCAGUCCAUCCGAUCCUGAGAACUUUCCUUUUGUUGUGUUGGGGAACAAGAUUGAUGUUGAUGGUGGAAAUAGUCGAGUGGUUUCUGAAAAGAAAGCGAAGGCAUGGUGUGCUUCCAAGGGAAACAUACCAUACUUUGAGACCUCUGCAAAAGAGGGCUUUAACGUGGAUGAUGCCUUCCAAUGUAUAGCCAAAAAUGCACUGAAGAAUGAACCUGAAGAAGAAAUAUACCUUCCUGACACAAUUGAUGUUGCGGGUGGAGGGAGGCAGCAAAGAUCUACUGGCUGUGAAUGCUGAAAGAGUGGAUGAAUGGGCUUGUUCCUGUGGAUUGCAGAUUCCAACUAUUACCAGUGACAUUUGGUGAAUUAAAAGUCAGUAAUCUUAAACAGGCAUUAUAUAGAACAGACAAAUUUAAAUUUCAUUUGUAUGAUAAGUGGAUGGUAAAAAUCAAUUUGUUUUUUCUGUAUUGAUACUGUUUAUAUUUACUGAUUGUAUUUGCUGUCGAGUAUUUACAGUAGAUUCAGUUCGGCUGAAUACAGUUUGUGCCGACGCUUUUUAUAACGUUGAUGGCUAGCAAUUGUAUAUCC